AGCUGGUCAUCAGUGGUUGUCAGGAAUAAGUUUACCAUCAGACAUAGGAGACUUGGAUAAAGAUUUGUAUAAAACCUUUUCUCAGCGUUGGCAGAAGUUAAUAGACAUUGGAGAAAAGAACAUGAAUGUGACUUUACAGUUGGAUACUAGCGAAGUGCGAGGUUUUAUACUUACUGCACAAGCAUCAUUACAGUGGCCCAAAUUGAUCCACAAGUGUCGAUUGUCUUUCCCCAUUACCCAAGUUGGCAAUUUAACAGUUAAAGAGUUUGUUCUUGAGAACCCUUCCAGUUUACCUGUCCUCGUUCAAGUCAUCCACCUAUCUACUUACCCUAAUCCCUCAGCUGCACUAGAAAUGCUAGCAACUCAGUUAAAGAAGGAGGGAAUUAUUGUAGACCAGACAGACAGUAACAAUGUCUUUACUCUUCCAGAUAUUGAAGAUAUUACUUCAGAUCUUGAUAGUCCUGCUACUCUGAGUAAAAAAGCUUUAGAAGACCGGUUUGGAGUCCAGCUUCAUAAAAAUUCCAUAGUAAUGUUAUUAGCUCCAGGAAUGAAAGCAAGAGUACAUGUUGGGUUUUUACCAAAAGAUGAAAUGGAACGAACCUCUUUAAUUUUAAUAAGGUAAGAGAAAUUAUAAUAAUAUCUGAAAGUAUUGAUUGGAGACGAACAAGGAGGAGUAGGGAAGAUAACUUUUGGUAGUAAAACUCCAGGAACAGAUUCGAGUCUUAUGUUUGAAAUGACUGAAAAACAUCUUAAAGACUGUAAUGGUUCUCGCAACAAUAAAUUUCUUCAACCUAACUAUACAGUUAGAAGAGCCUUUACAGCGAGAAACAUGGGAGAGCUACCUGUAUACAUCAGAGGGUUUGACAUCAAUGGUGUUCCUUGCUCUGGGUUUGGAUUUCGAGUUCUUAACUGUCAGGGUUUUGAACUUAGGCCUAACUCCAGCCGAAAAGUCGACAUUGCUUUUACACCAGACUUUACCCUCUCUCGUGUGGAGCGCACACUGAAUAUACACACCAGCCUCGGAGUUGGAGGUUUAGUAUUACAAUAUACGCUUAUUGCUACCUUACCUCGGCGGAUGUUAGCUUCCUGUGGCCAGUCUCUGCCCAGACCAUCCUGGGAAUAUAUUUUCUAUUAUUUAGUAGUGUGUAUCACUGGAUUGCUGGUGAUUGUUGUGAUGGCAAUGGCUUAUUUUGAGGCAGAUAGUUUGUUAAAAUCCUUCUCAAUCGUCACAACUACUCUUUCAAUGGGAAAUGAUUGUAUCCCUGAAAAACUUGCAUCUUUCAACCUGGACCACGUGGCUAAUUCUGUAGAAAAUAAACAAGGCAGUAAAAUAGAUACAACAAGCUCAUCAUCAAGUUUGAGUUUAGAAGCUAACAAGAGAUACGAAGGCUCAUCCCAGAGGGAUGGUAGUUCAGAUGCGUUGGCGAAUGGAAUAUUACAUCGGUCGCAGCGUAGAGGAAGUAAUAAACAGGAUCCUGAUAUUGAUGGAGGGCCGUGUAAAGAUAUUGCAUCAGUUCGAUACGAGAAUGGUGGAAAAAACCUCCGAAAUAGAUCUAUUAGAAAUAAACAGGAUGGUAAAAGUACAGAUGGGGUUAUUGAAGAAAGUAUUGAUCAGUCAAAAGCUAAUAAAAAGAGAAAAAAUUCGAGCAGAAGCUGGACCAGUUUUUUCAAGGAUCCAUUUUCCUUUGGAUCAUCAUCUGAAACUGAACAUAAAUCUAAUGCUGCAACUCAAACUACCAAAGGAACUAACACAGAAAAAAAUCUUGCAAAGGCUCCAGAGGAUGAUGAAACCAGCUGUUUUAGAGACUGGCCUAAACAUAUAUCCACUGAGAGUAAUGGUAAAAGCAGGGUAAGACAGAACAGUCCCAAGGAAAAUUCUCAAACGGUUAUAAAAUCAAAAUGGAAAAAGCAAACAGAUAUUUCUUCUGUGGAAGAGGAAACAUCUUCGACAACCACAGAAACAUCAAAUGCAGAAUCAGACAUCAGUGAAAAGGAUAACCGUCUUCCGGAUGUAUGUGUUGUUUCAAAACCAAUGAAAACCCCUAGAAAUAAAUCAAAAGGGCAAGACCAGUCUACAACCAAAAGUGAAUUUGGAGGGUUAUCUGGAGGAAGAUCUGAGACAUUUAAAGAUGAUGAUGAUUUUCAGAUCAGUACAAAAAGUAGAGCACAUAAGAAAAUUAAAGUACCAACAGAAGUGUUUGGAGGGGAUGUUUUGCGUCCUAGCACUCUGGAGUUGCCAUACAAACCGAAACCUGUUGUAGUAUCAACAGUUAAUAAAGAAAAACGAUUGCAACCAGACAUCACGAAAACAAACAAGAUCCUGAACAGGGUAAAACCUAAAAGUAAGGGCCGAUCAAUUACGACUUUAUCAGACACAGAUAGUAGUGAUUUGGGCAAAGAAUCUCCACCUCCUCUUUGGGAUGACCCACGGCCUUUAGCAGGAUAUGAUGGAUUCUUUGACCUUGCUCAGCAAACAGAAACAUUUGUGCUUCAUAAUCGUGGAAGUUCAUCUAAUGAACCGAACUUGACAGGCUCCUACCGACCUCCAACCUAUUCUGCAGCAGUUAGUGGAGAUUUGGGACUUAAUAAAGCAAAAUCAAAAACUUUAUUGGCUGGAGAUGUGGGAGGCAUUUCAUCAAGAUUUCCAGGACCUGUUGGACAGAAACCUGUAGUGGUUUCCAAGUCUAGUGGCCCAGGUGUAACAAACACUAAUACUAUCUUUCCAACCAAUAUGUGGAAUAGUUUAAAUGGAGUUGGUUCAUCACAUCUUUUACAAGAACGGGAUGUAUCUAGUUCUGGACUGUCUUCCUGGUCAUCAUCGCAUCUUACAGACAAACUAGUCUGCAGUACAGGCACUUCAAGCACAGAUUUAGAUGGAAUUUUGGGAUCUGAUCGUCUACCUCACAAGGAAUAUGUUCGUGCUUUACAAAUUCAGCGAUAUCAGAAAAUGGAGGAAUACCACAAACUUCAGGCUUUACAAAAUCAGACAGAUUGGCCAAUGUAUGUGACCCCUAUUAGUAAUAGUCUCUGGGAUCCAGGAUACACUCCAAGAACAGACACCUGGAGAUCAGUUGUUAGCAGUGAGAGAGAUGGCUGCUCACUGACAUCACAAACAAAUGGACAGCCCAAAACCUCAAAUUGUUUAUGGAGCUCCCUUGUUGACGAUAACUGGAACUCUGUAUCUAGUGUUUGGUCUACAGCAACUGACACAUCACCCUCUGAUCCACCACUGGACUUGGUUAAUGCUGCUCUGAGUGUCAUUGAAGGAGAUGAGAAGACAACUGAAAAAUCUGACCCACCAGAGACUCCCAUUACCCCAGCACCUGCUACCAACUUGUCAACUGGUAAUUUUGAUCCCUUUCGAACCUUGGACAGCAUUUGGAACCCUCCUUUGACUUCUACUGAAACUUCAUCCUCGCCUUCGUCUGAUACUUGGUCUUGCUUCAGUCUCUUUUCCCACACCCCCAGCUACUGCACAUCCUGAAGAAUCGGCAAAACAGUAACUUAGUUGUCAUGGCAACAGCUUUUGUUUUUUCUACUUUCACUUAAUCUUGUUGAUCUCUUUUCAUCCUUGUUGUAUGAGAAAUUGAAGUAAUAUUGUACAGUAUCUUCAGUCUUAAACCGUUGUGAAAAUUAGACUUUUUCAUUAGUUAUUGGUUCAUAUAUUUUCUAACUUAAAUGCAGCCCCAACACUAUUAAAACUUGUGUUUAUGCUAAGCCUAAAGUUGUUUUUUUUCUUGCCCACCAAAGAACAAAAUAUGCUUGUAAUUUCUUAUGCCAAAUGUGUAUAUUUGUGUUUUGAUGCUCAAAUAUUUUUAUUUUAAAGAUUUAAAAAAUUACAAUUAUUUUUUAUGAUAGUUUUCUAGAUUUCUAGGGAUUAUAAAUGAUACUAACAUUAGUGUAUGUAGAAAUCAACUUGGUUUGAGCUGUCUGCUUUUAAUUUCAGUCACUUCAACUACCUUGUUUUAGUACAAAAUAUUUGAUUUUUUAUAACUUGUAAUAUUUUUUCUUUAUUGAACAAAUAAAAGCAAAUAGUAAGCAGUGGACAAAAAAGUUUGUGAUAAGAACUUAGUAAGCAUUGAGACCCUUAAUCAUUUAGUGCUGUUGUUUUUGUCAGAACAUAAUGUGGGAAGUAGUCAGCUAAAGAGAAAUAUUCCAAGAUGCUUUGGUAAUCUUCAUCUGUUUACAGAGUUCUAAAUUAAUCUUUAAACUGUAUGUUUGUAACAUUCUACAAUAUUUCAAAACUAAAGUUUCACUAAGCCUACUGCACAACAUAGAAAAGUUUUACUGUAACUGAAUGGAAUUUUAAGCUAAAGAGUAACUCUGAAUAAAGUUGUUAAUAAAGCAUUGGUGCAGCAAAUAUAUAUAUAUAUAUAGUAUUUGCAGUAAUGGUUUACUUUUCAAUUCUCUUAAUAGUAGCUGAGUUUCAGAAUUUCACAGUAUAUAAUCUUUCUUAUCUAGUUUUCUUUAAAGAGUUAUGUGCUUUUGCAUAUGAAAAAGUAGUUUUAUCAAAAUAUUAGUACAUCACUGCUGUUAAAAUGAAGAUAUAUAUAUGAUUACAAAGAAACAAAAAAUUUAAUAUCCAAACCAAUCAGUAGUAUUGCAACUUUUCACUUCACAGGAGAAGGUUAUAUCCAAUACAUUAAGAGUUUGAGACAGUAUAACAGUAAUAACAUAAGUAAGGAGACUUAGCAAUUCUUUGUUACAUAAGAUUUUAUUUUAAGAUAUUAGCUUCUAAUCACUAAUUUUUUAUCUUAUUUAAUAAAACUGUCUGUCAUCUAGACUGCCACAAUUGGCGAGUCUAUUUUAAACGUAAUGUAAUAGAAAUAAGAUGAAAGUUAAAUAUUAUUUGUCAUAUGAUUUAACAAUUUAAAGGAUUGAAAAGUUACGUUUUGAUUUUAGGUUUUUCAUUAAUUUUAUAAAAAGACUGUAAGCUAUUUUUAGCAACUUUUUAUUUAUUAUUGUGACAAAGUUCAGGUUUUGCUCAUUUUUUUUGCUAAAGUCAAAGUAAUUUAAGAAAAACAUUUUGUUAAAAGUCAUUGGACAAGAUUGGAAAUGUUUAUUAAUCAAGCAUUUUAUGACAGAGAGUAAUUACUUCAUAUUUCUUUUGGGCAUAAUCGGUAUCAGGUAUAGAGUUUGUUGUUUUCCUGAAGAUGUCAUAUGAUGAUUCAGUAUUCAUAUAAAUGUUAUUUAAGUAGUAUUACUUUAAUUCUUGAAACACAGAUUAUCACUAUAAAUGCAUAAACAGAAUUUUAUAGUGCCUCAGUUCUCCUCUUUAAGAAUUGUUACUUUAAACUUGAGGUAUUUAUGAACUACUAGGUCAGAUGACAGAAAGUGUGUUAUUUGCAGUUAUGGUGAAACAUACUAGUGGGACUUUGUUCCAAUCAGAGUGAGUGUAACUUGAGUGAGAAAUAAUGCAGAAUGUUACUAUUGUUUCUUUAUGUACAAAACUUCUUUAAUAUAAAACCAUGAAAAUAUUCUAUAAAUGUAGUCAUUGAGACUAAAGUUUGUUUUGUGUAACUUGAAAGUGUAAGAUUCCACAUUGCUACUUAUUAUUGUAAAGAAGACAUGCUAGAAGGUGAAUGAUAUAUUAUCAUGACUUUCUGAAACAAAGAAAUAUUAUCACGAAAAGUAAAAUUUGAAAGGUACUCACAUUUUAUAAAUAUAAGCCUUUUAAUUGAUUUAGAAUUCUUAGAAAAUCUGUAAUACAAUUAGUUUGAACUUUAAGUUAAAAAUAAUCUUAUCAAAUUUUUCUUGACAGUUUUUUCCACCAUCCAUCCAGAAUGAUACUUUUUGUAAGUAAAAAAAAAUGAUACAGUAAUAUUAGUCCCUAGAAAAUUUACUUGUUCUUGUCUAUCUACAUUAUACUGUUUUAAGAGCAUUGUAGUGUUGUACUACAAUCUUACAUACUGAUCAUAAAGUGGUUUGAUUUGUUGAGCUUUUGUAUGAAAUAAAAGAAGACAGAUGUAUAGUAUUUCUAACACAUGAAACAACUGAAAUUAACAGCUUUCUCCAAAUAAAAAAACAAGAUUUUAGGAUUGUCAGACCAUUUGUGGGAAGAAUUUGAUCAUAUGUUUUCAGGUUAUUUUUAUACAAAAUUUAUAAAGUUAAUUUUAACAUCCUUCCAGGCGCGUUAUUCUACUUUAUAUUAAGAAUAAAAACAAAAGCAUAAUUUUAUUUGUUACAACGAAAGAUAAUACAUUAUUAGUUGUUUCAGCCAACUGGUUUCGGUAACACAUUUACCAUCGUCAUGGCUUGUGAAACAAUGUUAGCUAGCCUAUGUUACACUCCAACUGUUAAUGGAGAUGAAAGCAGUGUUAGCUAGCCUAUAUUACACUCCAACUGUUAAUGGAUAUGAAAACUGUUAGCUAGCCUAUAUUACACUCCAGCUGUUAAUGGAUAUGAAAACAGUGUUAGCUAGCCUAUAUUACACUCCAACUGUUAAUGGAGGUGAAAACAAUGUUAGCUAGCCUAUAUUACACUCCAACUGUUAAUGGAUAUGAAAACAGUGUCAGCUAGCCUAUAUUACACUCCAACUGUUAAUGGAUAUGAAAACAGUGUUAGCUAGUCUAUAUUACACUCCAACUGUUAAUGGAUAUGAAAACAGUGUUAGCUAGCCUAUAUUACACUCCAACUGUUAAUGGAGAUGAAAACAAUGUUAGCUAGCCUAUAUUACACUCCAACUGUUAAUGGAUAUGAAAACUGUUAGCUAGCCUGUAUUACACUCCAACUGUUAAUGGAUAUGAAAACAGUGUUAGCUAGCCUAUAUUACACUCCAACUGUUAAUGGAUAUGAAAACAGUGUUAGCUAGCCUAUAUUACACUCCAACUGUUAAUGGAUAUGAAAACAGUGUUAGCUAGCCUAUAUUACACUCCAACUGUUAAUGGAUAUGAAAACAGUGUUAGCUAGCCUAUAUUACACUCCAACUGUUAAUGGAUAUGAAAACAGUGUAAGCUAGCCUAUAUUACACUCCAACUCCAUUAACAGUUGGAAAUUUAAUAUAGGCUAUGCUAAUACUGUAUUCACAAACCCCGAUGAUGGUAACUGUGUUACCAAAACUAGUGAGCUGAAAUAAGUAAUAAAUAUUUUAUCUUUCAUUGUGCCAAUAAACAUUGCUUUUGUUUUUUACUCUUAAUCUAAAGUCAGUUUCUUGCUUUGCUUGGUAGAGUUGUAAUAAUCCAGCAGCAGGAGGCUGGUAUGAGCUAAGAAUUAGUUUCUUAGUAUUUGAUAUGUAAAUUUUGCUUUAAAUCACUAAAUUUAUUCAAAGAUUUUAUCACAUGCCAACCUACUAGAGACUAAAUACAAAAUUUCAACAACCCUAACACAUACCUAAAAAAAAUAUUGUGUAAAUUUCCUUAUACUUGGAAAGGCCUGCAGUACUAAAUAGAAUGAGAACACACUUGUAUUCUUGCUCGUUUUUAAUUUGGUGCAGUGCUAAUGACUGACAUACAUCAACUUGAAAAGUUACCGUAUGAUACACACACAAUUUUACAACAAAUACAUCAGCUUGCAGUUUUAAAGGAAGAAGAGCAUUUAUGAUCCACAGCAAUAUUAAUGAGUUUGUAUUCAAAAAUAUUAGAUAAUAGCAUCAAAUAUUUCUAAGAAAAUUCCCAGUGAUACACACACCCCAAAUAAAAAAUUGGAAACUUUAAUCAUGUAUUCCAGUCAGAUAUUCAGUACUUUCAAGAAUUGUAAUUUCUUCUCUAAAGAAGAACGUAAUCAAGACAGUAAGAAAAAAUAUAGUGAUAUCUAAGCUCACUACCAUACAUCUGAGAGGAUACUCAUUAGGGGACUAGUAGAAGUCAAUAUUAAAAAUCGUAAAAGGUUGAGAAAAAUUACAUUGUUGUGGUCAAGAACGAUCUACCUUGUUUUUUUAUUUGUUCAAAAUUACAGCAACAAAAUAAUUAUAUAUUUGGAGUAAAGUAAGUUAAGGAAGGUUUAAUAUUAUGCAUUGUUGCUAAAUUCUGUUUUAAGAUUUCCAAUGUGUUUGAUCUCUAGCUGAGCAUAGAAAAUGAUGUUACAUUCCUUGUUGAUUAGGUUCUGGAGUGAAUUAAGUAGUUCUCUUAUAGAAAAUAUUAUAGGUGUUCGAAUUAAUCGAUGUUUUAGAUAAACUGUUGCCAUGACAACAACAUGUUUUAGUUUUCGUAAUAAAGUAAAAGUGUGAAGCUUUUUUUGAGCUUGAAGUUAAGCAUGUGACUAUUGUGAUCAUUAUUAAUACCUUAGUGUAUCUUAGCCAGACAGUUAAGGCUAAGGAAAUCUUUUUUCAUUUAUGUUUCCAUUUUUGAACCUUAUCUUUACUGGUAUAUCCUUGCUGGUUUCCUGUAAACAAAUAAUUUUUAAUUUAUACGGACCUACUAAAGUGACUGUUGGAACCCAUCGUAUGUAGGAUUGCAAGAAAGAAAAAAAAAGAAUUUACACAUUGGUUUGAAUAAAUAAACUUAUGUCUCCAGAAAGCAAAA